GAGAGGAGAUGGCCGACCUCGAGAUGCAGAAUCACCACGCCAAAAAUUCUCCGGCCAUCUUUGCCCGAGCCAAUCUCCCCCUCACUCUCAAGUUCGAUGAGGUGGUUUACAAGAUCAAAAUCAAGGCCCCGGGAGGCUCGUCAGAGAAAAAGACAAAAUCAGCAAAGAAAGAGAUACUAAAAGGCGUCUCCGGCUGCGUGUUCCCCGGCGAAAUGCUGGCGAUGCUCGGGCCCUCCGGCAGCGGCAAGACGACGCUGCUGACGGCCCUCGGCGGCCGCCUCAGCGGCGACCUCGCCGGCGCCAUCACCUACAACGGCAAGCCCUUCUCCAACGCCACCAAGCGCUGCACCGGCUUCGUCACCCAAGACGACGUCCUCUACCCCCACCUCACCGUCACCGAGACGCUCGUCUACACGGCCCUCCUCCGCCUUCCCCACGACCGCACCAAGGCCGAGAAGGUCGAGCACGCGGAGGCCGUGAUAGAGCAGCUCGGACUCACGAGGUGCCGGGACAGCAUCAUUGGGGGAGAUUUUUUAAGGGGAGUUUCCGGGGGCGAGAGGAAACGGGUGAGCAUCGGGCAGGAGAUGCUUAUUAACCCGAGCCUUUUGUUUUUGGAUGAGCCCACCUCGGGUUUGGACUCCACCACAGCGCAGAAGAUCGUUUCUACGCUGUGGGACCUGGCCAACGGGGGCCGUACAGUCCUGAUGACAAUUCACCAGCCCUCGAGCAGGCUCUUUUAUAUGUUUCAUAAAAUUCUCUUGCUGUCGGAAGGGAACCCUUUGUAUUUCGGCAAAGGUGCUGACGUUUUGGGCUAUUUUUCGAGUGUGGGUUUUGCUCCGAGUGUCGCCAUGAAUCCGUCAGAUUUCUUGCUUGAUCUUGCCAAUGGAGUUGCAACGGGAAAUUCGAAUGAAGAUCAAGUAGCGAUUAAGCAGAGUUUGGUGAACGCGUAUAAAACACAACUAUCGACGGUUGUGAAGUCGGAGCUAGCUGGGGAUGGCGGUAUUCGCGCUUCAACGGAUGAUAGGAAGCCUAGGCGGUGGUCGAAUACAUGGUGGGAUCAAUUCUCAGUGUUGCUUAGGAGAGGAAUCAAAGAAAGGAAGCAUGAGUCUUUCUCAACCAUCAAGAUUGUGCAAGUUGUGGUGGUUGCUCUUUUAGCUGGAAUCUUUUGGUGGCAGUCCUCCGCCGAUCACUUGCAAGACCAGGUCGGGCUCCUCUUCUUCAUGUCAAGUUUUUGGGGUUUCUACCCCCUAUUCCAGGCCAUCUUCACAUUCCCUAAAGAACGCAAGAUGCUAACGAAAGAGCGGACCUCAGGCAUGUACCGUCUCUCCUCAUACUUCCUAGCCCUAUCCAUAGGCGACCUGCCCAUGGAGCUAGUCCUCCCGGCCGUCUUCUUUGCCAUAACCUAUUGGAUGACAGGCCUCAGGCGCACAGCCUGUGCCUUCUUCUUAGGCCUAUUAACGAUCCUCUACAACGUGCUGGGUGCUCAGGGACUCGGGCUAGCUAUUGGGGCUGUGGUGAUGGACCAGCAGACAGCCACUACACUCGGGUCCGUGAUCAUGCUAGCCUUCAGCCUCGCUGGCGGCUUCUAUGUGCAGAACGUCCCCGUCUUCAUAGCCUGGAUCAAGUACUUAUCGUUCAACCAGUACACGUUGAGGCUCAUGCUCGCGUCCCAGUACACGUACGACCAGACCUACAACUGCGGUACGAAUCAGACUUGCCUCGUCAGGGAUUUUCCGGCCAUUAAGGGGGUCGGGAUCGAGAAGACAGGGACCAUCCUGGCGGCGGUUCUCAUGGCUGUGAUGAUUGUGCUCUAUAGGCUUAUUGCUUAUGUUGCUCUCAUGAGAGUUGGUGCCACCAAAAAGUAG